AAAGGCCAACGCCUAAAAACAGUCCCCUUAUAAAUACAAUCAGCUCCAUUUCCUGAGAUUGGUCUCCUUGAUCUUUUCCAAUUUCUGGAUUCUUCUUCUGUACAAAUUCGUGCUGUGAGGAGAGCUCCACCGUUGAGUUCGUUGCCAUGUCAGCGGAGUUCGAGAUCGGCGAUAAGGGAAACAAGAUUAGUUAUGAAACUGAAGCCAAAGGGUUCAACCCUGGAUUGAUAGUGUUGCUGGUUGUUGUGGGGCUGUUGCUGGUAUUCCUUGUUGGGAACUAUGCACUUUACUUGUACGCUCAGAAGUCUCUUCCUCCUAGAAAGAAGAAGCCAGUAUCCAAGAAGAAGAUGAAGAAAGAAAGGCUGAAGCAAGGAGUGUCUGCACCAGGAGAGUAAGAGUUUGAGGCCUGAUUUCCUCUGUUCUCCAUGUUAAAAUUGUUUGUCCACAAUUUUCUUCCCGUUAUGUGUCCAGAGAGUUGCGUUGGUUAAAACUUUUAACAUCUUGAUUAGAAGUUAACCCCAUAUUCGGGUAGACUAGGAAGUAAAAUACUGUUGUGUUCAUCCAAUACAGUUUACUUGUCUCAUGUCAUUUUUGUUAUCCUAUUAAUCUGCAUGGUUUAGUACUCAUUUUGGUUGCUUCCACGACCAUGUGAACCAUGUACGGCAUUGGAAACAACUGGACCUGCAAUUUACUUUGUCGAAAUGGUGUUGUGUUUAA